AUGGCAGAAUUCAGUCAGAAUGGCACCACAUCGACACGCGGCGACAGACUUUCUCGACUCCUACAUGCCUUCAUCACGGGUCUACGGCCCCUUCAAAGCGCUCGCGACUGUCAGCAGUUUGUGGAAGCUAUUUGCGCUCAAGCAAAUCAUGCUGAUUGUAUCGAAAAGCUAGGCUGCAGUACCUCAGGACUGACUGCAUUACACCGAGGAGUGCGAUUCGAUGAGUCUGUGUCAUUCAUCAACGGCACGCUACAGAAUCUGCUGCUCUACCUUGCUGUUCCAGAGGUCAAGCGGCUGUGCAAUGGCGAAUUCCUGAAGCGUGUGCUCAAGGCACUGGUCUCGCCACCAAGUCUGUGGAACGCAUUGACUCUGGCUCAUCAGAACAAUGAGCUGUCGCCGCAGACAACCCUUAGCUUUGCUUUCGUGCUCUUGGAGCUUCUGAACUGGACCGCAGAUUCCCCUUCCGAUGUGGACGGCGUUGCGCGCAUCAUCACUGAGCAGAAGACCUUCUUGACCUCACAAGACCAACAGUUGCGCGCGAUGGGCUGUCGAAUCGAACACAUACUGUCUGCGAAAGGCGCUGGUCGCAAACCCACUGUUUCUGGGCCUGGCGGUCGACAUGAUAAUGAUUUCGUUGACUUCCGUCAGGUAGCCAUCUUCCCCACCGAGGACGAGCUUGCCAGCAAAGAAUUACCGUACUUUACACCAGCUCACAUGCUUUCGAAGAUACCAAUACCAGAGCGUGUCGCUCAUCAUCUGAGCAACCAGUUUCGCCUGCUUCGAGAGGAUUUCUUAGCCGAAUUACGAGAAGAUCUGGCAACGUCUUCGUCCAAAAAGUCGAAUCGCCGACAGCGAAUGCGGCUUUCCGGACUUGAACUUUAUGGCAUACGCACUGGCGCAGACAAGUCUAGAGUGCCAACCGCCCUGAAAAUUUCUGUGGGCAAGGGGUUAGGGGCGUUGGCCAAUGCCUCGAAUGCGCGCUCGUUCUUGAAGGACAACAACAAUUUCAUAAAGCACCAAUCGUGCGGGUACUUCGUUGAUCAAGGCACUGUGAUCGCAUUCGGCACUAUUGCUCGGGACGUGGAUCUGCUGUGCCUCAAGCCGCCUGUCAUAGCCAUUCGCACUCCAGGAGCUGGGGCAUUGAAGAAGCUGCUGUUGUCACUGCGCACCUCACAAACCCUUGAAUUCGUCGUCAUCGAUACAGCGGUAUUCGCAUACGAGCCAGUUCUGCAUUGUCUACAGGACAAGCUCGAGUUUCCACUCUGGAAAUAUCUCCUGUGUCCCGAAGACGCAAUCGAUGACCUCGAGCUUCCCGACCUGUCAGAUAACCUUUCAGAUAUCGCUCGGAAAAUCGAAUUGGAACGCGGGCACGACAUACAACCCAUCCUCGGACUUCGGAAACCUGUGGAGCUGGACGAUUCGCAGACUACGUCUUUACUGGCUGGUAUGCGUCAAGCUGUAUCUUUGAUUCAGGGUCCACCAGGCACGGGGAAAUCGUUCAUUGGCGCUUUGCUUGCGAAAGCUCUUCAUGAUAAUAGCUCAGAGAACUUACUGGUGGUCUGCUAUACAAAUCAUGCUCUGGAUCAGUUUCUUGAAGAGCUGAUGGACAUCGGGGUGCCAUCUUCUAGCAUGGUUCGACUUGGUUCCAAGUCUACUGCUCGUACCCAACCUCUCAGUCUACGGGAACAAGCACCGGCGAGGUCUCGAACACAGGAGAAUUGGGGGGCGAUUAACCGACUUGGGGAGGAGACUACGACUCAUGCGGACGCACUUCUACAGACAGUGAAAGACUUCAGGAAAACCCAGGCAACCAAAUCACAGCUGCUUGAAUACUUGGAGUUCUCGGAGGACGAUCACGAGUACUUCGAAGCUUUUGAGGUAUCCGAGUCAUUGGAUGGGUUCGCCACAGUAGGCGAGAAUGGGUCAGUUAUCGACGAAGGGUACCUGCUGUCCAGAUGGAUACAAGGUAAGGAUGCGGGCGUUCUCCAGAAACCCAUUUCGCCCCGACAUGUCGAAAUCUGGAACAUGGACGAAGCCGACAGGCAGUCGAAGCUGCGACAGUGGGAAGACGCGAUGCUCGCCGAGGCAGCCGAUGAAAUUAUUGCUCGAGCGCAAGUCUUCGAUGCCAGUCAGCAUACUUUGCAAGAAGCACUUCACCAACGAGAUACGGAGCUCAUCCAGAGUAAGCGUAUUGUAGCUUGCACCACUACGGCAUCCGCAAUGUACGCCAGGCAGCUUCAGAGCGCUGCACCAGCUAUCGUCUUGGUCGAAGAAGCCGGCGAGAUUAUGGAGAGCCACGUUCUGACCGCAAUGACGCCAAACACGAAACAAUUGAUACUGAUUGGGGAUCACAAACAGCUUCGUCCGAAGGUCAACAAUCAUGCCUUGACUGUCGAGAAAGGCGAUGGGUAUGACCUCAACCGCUCUUUGUUCGAACGUCUUGUACUGGCUGGGUUCCCUCGCGCCACCUUACAACAACAGCACCGAAUGUGCCCAGAGAUCUCGGAUCUGGUGCGUCAGCUCACAUACCCAAGUCUUCUGGAUGCACCCUCGACGAUGCAACGGGAAGCACUGCGAGGGCUACAGAGUCGGGUCGUAUUUAUCAAGCACACCAAACUUGAGCUCAUAAGUCAAGUAGCAGACAGAAGAGAUCAGGGGGCUAGUGUCAGCAAGCAGAACGCGUACGAGGUCAAAAUGGUCAAGAAGAUCGUAAAGUAUUUGGCGCAACAAGGCUAUGGAACUUCAGAUCAGGUUGUCUUGACGCCAUAUCUCGGCCAGCUCAGUCUCCUACGUCAGGAGCUCGCCAAGGAAAAUGACCCGGUAUUGAAUGACAUGGACUCUUUCGACCUGAUCCGAGCGGGAUUCUUGUCACCAGCGAGCGCUUCGCAGACCAAGAAACCAUUAAGGCUCUCUACUAUUGAUAAUUAUCAAGGAGAGGAAAAAGACAUUUGUGUUGUCUCGCUGACUCGAAGCAAUCCCGAUGGUGAUAUUGGUUUCCUGGUGUCUCCUGAACGACUUAACGUACUCCUGUCACGGGCUCGCAAGGCUCUCAUUGUGAUCGGGAACCCUGCUACGUUCGUUGCCAGCAAGAAAGGCGGAGAACUGUGGUCCUCGUUCUUCACAUUACUUGCCCGGAAGAACUCUAUCCUCGACGGUCUACCAGUUAGAUGUGCUCAGCACCCAGAGCGCGAGAUGAUACUGGCUACUCCUGAAGACUUCGACCUUAAGUGCCCUGAUGGAGGUUGCUCAGCGCCUUGCGGUGUGAAACUAAGCUGCGGGAUGCACGAUUGUCAGCAGAAGUGUCAUCGAAUGGCAGAUCACUCCAAGAUGCCAUGCUCAUUCCGCAUCCGGGAGAAGUGCCCACAAGGCCAUCGCUUGUCUUGGAGAUGCUCGGAAGGUCGUCCCGCAUCAUGUUACGCUUGCGACAGCGAGACUGCAGCGAGACUUGCACAGCAGGAACGAGAUACAAAGCUUGACCAGGAGCGACAGGCAAGACAGAUUGCCUAUGCUCUGCAGCUAGCGGACAUCCAGGCUGAGCUCGAUCGCAUUCAUCAGAAGGCAGCAGAUAAGCGCACCCAAGAACAGCAAGAGACGGAGCUUUCACAGCGUCGUACGGAUCUCGACAACGCCAAAGCUCUCGCUGCGCAACGCGAAGCGAGAGAGAGGGACGCGGAAGAGCGCAGUCGUUCGCCGGCGAAGGCGCCCCCUUUAUCCAGUCGUGAUGCUCACCAGCCGUCUGGCUCCGAAGCUCAAACCGAUUGGGAGCAACAAAAGGCCGUCGAGGGUGCAAAGAACGACGCGAUUGACGAGAUCAUGAACAUGAUCGGCCUUGAAGCUGUCAAGGAGCAGUUCCUAGAGAUCAAGUCGAAGAUCGACAUGCUCGUCCGACAAGACUUAUCUGUCGCCAAGGAACGUUUCGGUGCCGCUCUCCUGGGUAAUCCUGGUACUGGGAAGACUACCAUAGCCCGCAUCUACGCUAAUUUCCUAUGUUCCGUAGGCGCUUUACCUGGGAAGGUCUUCAUCGAGACAACAGGUGCGAAGCUUGCAACUGGGGGCGUACAAGGCUGCAAGAAGCUACUCGAUGAUCUCUUGAACCGGGGAGGCGGCGCUUUCUUCAUCGAUGAAGCCUAUCAGCUCGCUUCUGGUUCCAACUUCGGAGGAGGCGCUGUGUUGGACUACUUGCUACCAGAAGUUGAAAACCUCACUGGGAAAGUGGUGUUUAUCCUUGCGGGAUACAACACGCAGAUGGAGAAGUUUUUCCAGCAUAACCCAGGUCUACCGAGUCGAUUUCCUCGGCGCAUGCAGUUCGCUGACUACGAAGACGACGAGCUGUUAGCCAUCAUGAACUACAACAUUGAGAAGCGAUACGAAGGACGAAUGCAACUCCAGGAGGGCCCAGGCGGUCUCUUUGCCCGAAUUGUGGCACGUCGCAUCGGACGUGGUCGUGGGAAAGAAGGCUUCGGCAAUGCUCGUGAGGUCGAGAACGUAGUGUCGAAGAUCGCCUCUCGGCAAGCAAAACGUGUGCGCAAUGCGCGCAAAGUGAAGAGACGUACGCCAGGCCAAGGAGACCCUGACGAUAUGCUGUUCACAGACACCGAUCUCCUCGGAGCAGAACCGACCCACGAUGCACUUGCUGGCAAUAAGUCCUGGCUGAAACUGCAGAAACUGACCGGCUUGCAAAGCGUGAAAGAGUCUGUGAAGGCGCUUCUCUAUAGUCUUCAGCUCAACUUCCAGCGAGAAUUGGCCGAAGAGCCACUCGUGGAGUAUAGCCUGAACAAGGUCUUCGUGGGAAAUCCAGGGACCGGGAAAACGACAGUAGCCAAGCUGUACGGCCAGAUUUUGGCUGAUAUUGGCAUGCUGUCGAGUGGAGAAUGUGUUCUGAAGAAGCCCGCGGACUUCAUCGGCAAUGUGAUUGGUGCCUCAGAAGCGAACACGAAGGGCAUCCUCGAUGCUGCCGUCGGCAAGGUGUUAGUCAUCGACGAAGCAUAUGGAUUGUACGGAGGUCAGGGCGGCCAGGGCAGCAGCUCUGAUCCAUACCGGACAGCUGUUAUUGAUACCAUCGUCGCAGAGAUUCAGAGCGUGCCAGGGGACGACAGAUGUGUUUUGUUGCUUGGCUACGAGGAACAAAUGGAAGAGAUGAUGCAGAACGUCAACCCUGGAUUGGCGCGGCGCUUCCCUAUCGACUCCGGGUUUGUCUUUGAAGACUUUGACGACCAAGACAUGGAGGCGAUCCUGGACAUGAAACUCCAAGAUCAAGGCUUCCGUGUGACGGAGCGUGCCAAAUCCGUGGCGCUGGGUAUGCUCCAACGCGCACGCAAUCGCCCUCACUUUGGCAACGCAGGUGAGGUGGAUAUCGCGCUGAACGAUGCGAAAAUGCGCCAGCAGAAACGUACUGGCGAUGAUAAGACCGCAGCAAAAGGCAUCCUCGAAGCACAGGACUUCGACCCGGAUUUUGAUAGAGGGGAUCGAGCUAACACAAACGUCGCCAUGCUAUUCAAGGAUAGUGUGGGCUGUGACAGCAUCGUCGCUCAGCUGCAGGGCUACCAAAAUAUCGUGGCAAAUAUGAGACAACUUGAUAUGGAUCCUCGCGAGCAGAUUCCGUUCACUUUCCUUUUCAGGGGUCCACCAGGCACUGGCAAGACCACGACCGCUCAGAAGAUGGGAAAAGUGUACUACGAUAUGGGCUUCCUCUCCAAAGCAGAAGUAGUGAGCUGCUCGGCCUCAGAUCUUGUGGGCGAGUACAUUGGUCAUACUGGACCAAAAACGCGAAAACUCCUGGAAUCCGCUCUUGGCAAGGUCCUCUUCAUCGACGAGGCGUACCGACUGUCUGGAGGUCACUUUGCACAAGAAGCCAUUGAUGAGCUCGUCGAUAGCCUCACCAACGAGCGCUUCUUUCGAAAGCAAAUUGUCAUUCUGGCAGGUUACGACGCAGACAUCAAUCGACUGAUGUCUGUGAACCCCGGCCUGACUUCACGCUUUCCCGAGACCAUUGUGUUUGAGCCUCUCCCGCCACAGGCAUGUCUCGAUCUACUCAUUCAAUACCUGGGCAAGAAAAAGGGUCUUGAUCUGUCCCCGAUCACAACUAUGCCCCCUACGACCACGAGCGAGGUUUUGCAGCAUUUCAACAUUCUAGCGUCUCUGCAAAACUUUGCGAAUGCUCGUGAUGUCCAAACUCUUGGCAAGACGAUCUUUGGAACGAUCAUCAAGCAUGUCGGUCCAAAGAGAUCUGGUGGCAUGAUAGUCUCGUGUCAGCUUCUACUGACAGAGCUGAGGAACAUGAUUUCUGAGCGAGCCCGCCGCGAACACGAUGCUACCGCACCCGGUGCCAGCGCUUCUUCUAGUAAGCAAGACCUGUUUGCUCCCACGAGGCCCGACAACAAACAGCAGCCAACUACUCAAAAUAAAUUCCACAUGCAAACUCGAUCCGCAACGAAGCAACAGACUCACGCAGUCGAAGAGGAGACCUCGAAGACUGAGGAUGACCUGCAACAAACGCCAUCCGGCGAGGAGGAGUCCAAUACCUGUUGUGGCGAGAACCGUUCCGAGCGCACCCCACCAACGACAGAAGUCCUUCUUGUCCAGCGCGACUCUGGCGUGACCGAUGCAAUCUGGGAGCAGUUACAAGCUGAUCGGAUGAAAGCUGAACAAGAAGAGGCCGAAUUCCAACGUCUCGUCGAGGAAGAGCGUAAACUCCGAGCUUGGCUCAAGGCUUGCGCUGAUGAGAAGCGUCAGAGAGAACUUGAAGAGCUCGAGCGGGUAAGGAAGGAGGCAGAGGAGAGGAAGCGCAAGGAAGCUUCAGUGCAGGCGAAGUUGCUGAAAAUGGGAUGCUGUCCGGUUGGAUAUCACUGGAUUAAGCAAGGUGGUGGCUAUCGCUGUGCAGGCGGCUCGCACUGGAUGGACGAGGCGAGUGUUGGGGCUUUGUAAAUGAUGUGAGAUGGAAGUU